AUGGCUAAAGAUCAAAAUAAAUCCCGAAAAUCAUCACUUGAAGAAAAUAAAUCAAAUACAAAUACAAGUUAUAAUGAUCUAAUUAAUAAUUCCAAUAAUUCACAAGAUGAAGACGAUGAGGAAGAUUCAUUAAAUAGACUCUCACAACAAGCACAACAUAGAAAAUUAAGUCAACAAUCUCAUGAUUUUCAUGAACCUGGUAUAUUAAUUGAUGCAGAUCAUAAUAAUGAAAGUGAAGAAAAUAUAGAUAAUGUGGAAUUCCAUAGUGAUUUAAUUGUUGAAGAAGAAGAAGAUAGUGAAGAUAAUGAACAUAUCAGUGAUCAUGAUCAUAGUAUUGAAGAUGAAGACGAAUUAGGUGAUGAAGACAAUGAAGAUGAAGAUGAAGAUGAUGAAAUCAAUGCAGAAGAAUUAGAAAUGCUUGAAACUGCUGAUUUUUUACGUCAUUUAAUGCAAGCUAGAGGUAGAACUGAUGUUAUUCCCAGUGAUGAUUCAGCUACAAGAGAUGAAUAUUCAAAUACAGGAGGUGAAAAUCAAUCAAAUACUACAACUAAUAGACACGAAAGAUUAGCAGAGGAUGAAGAAGAUGAUGAUAUGGAAGAUAUCGAUCCAGAUGAUCCUCGUGCUGAAUUUUUACGUGCAAUUGGUGCACUUUCUGGUACUAGAGGAGUCAAUUCAAAUAUUACAUCAGGACCAAAUGGAGGCGCAGGUGGAGCAGGAUUUGUUGAUGUUAUGCAAAGAUUAAGGGGUGGAGGAGUUAUGUUUGGAGGUAAUUCAGGAGAUCAUGGAGAAAUUGAAGCAUUAAUCAAUAAUUUGGAUCAACGUAAGGAUACGUACAUUGUACUCGAAUCAUUAAAUGAAUUAUCAGAAAGAUUAUUAAUGAUGAAUGGAUUAACUGCUGAAAGAUUAAUACCAGCUAAUAAAUUGGCAAGAAGCUUAGUUAAUCUUAUGGAAGAUCCAAAAUUAGCAGAAGAAUUAGAAUUACUUUUAGUAGCAUGUCGUUGUUUAUACAACUUUUUGGAAGUUAAUCAAGAUUUUAUUCAUGAUGCAUUAAAUAAUAAUGCCAUACCUGCACUAUGUAACAAAUUAUUAGAAAUCAAAUAUAUUGAUUUAACUGAACAAGCAUUACAAACUUUAGAAAUGAUAUCAAAAGAUCCAAUUUCUCAUUCUAGUAUUAUAUCAAAUAAUGGAUUAACUGCUUGUCUCCAAUAUCUUGAUUUUUUAACAGUUCAUGCACAGAGGAAAUGCUUGAGUAUAGUUUCAAAUUCUUGUACAAACAUUACUAUGUCAAAUUAUUCUAAAGUGAAAGAAGCUUUCAAUAGUAUUGCAGAUGUUGUAAAAACUCAUAAUGAUCAAAAUGUUGUAGAAAAUGCUUGGAUUACAAUUUCAAGAAUCAUUACAUGUUUUAAAAACAAACCAGAAUAUUUGAAUGAAUUGUUUAUUGGUAAAGAAUUAUUUUUCAAAGAAUUAACCAAUGUUAUCCUUAUUAGUUGUAAUAAAUCACUGAAUACCAGUACAGAAUCUGAAAAAAUUGCAGUAUCAUAUGCAACUUGUACUGGAUUAAUUAAAUCUUUGAUUAUACUAAGUAGUGUCAGUAUUGAAGUUUCUAAAAUAUUAUUAGGUGAUUGUGAUAUUGGUUUAGUUAUAGUUAAAUCUUUAAAUAAAUUUGGUAGAUCAAAAGAUGGAAAUUCCUCCUCAACAAGCAAUGAAGCUGAUAAUAUUACUAUAGAAUCAUUAAUGGCAGCUCCAAAAGACUUGAUUUUACAUUUUUUAACAUUGAUUGGAUAUCUUUUACCAAUCAAUUAUCCUGCAUCUGAUUCAUUGUAUUUGAGACUAAAUUUUGAAGAAUUUGAAGAAAGAAAAACAAUCAACAAAGAUAGAAUUGCAUUAUGUCGUGAUAUAAUUCCUGAUGAUUUCAAAAACUUUGUUAAUGAAAUAUGGUCUUUAUUAAUAUUAAGUUUCCAAGCAACCAUGGAUUUCGAAAUAAGAAGAUCUGGAUUUGUUGAUUUCUAUCGUAUUAUUAGUUCAAUUAAUGAACAAGACAUAACGUCAAUUAAAGAUGCCGAUAGAGUUGCUGUAUUGCUUGCAUCAGUUGUGAACCAAUAUCAGCCAAUGUUGUUACAAGAUUUGAAACAAUAUUUUGAAACUAAAAAACACAAUAAGAAGGAUAAAAAGAGCAAAGAUAAUGACGAUGUCGAAAUGCUAACUAGUGACAUUGAUGAUGAUAAUAAUGAUGAUAAUUCUAAUGAUAAUAAACCUGUUAAUGAAAAGCAUAAUGAUGAUGAUUUUAUAAUGGAUGAUAGUGAUGACAGUGAUGACAAUGAAAAUUCAGAUAUUUAUUUCGAUGGAGUAGAUGAUAUAGAUGAAGAAGAUGACGAUGACGAUGAAGAGGAAGAGGAGGAAAUACGUUCAACUAUUAGGAAUGGACCGAAAGAUUUAAACAAAUUGAAUGCCACUUUGUUAAUAUUAAGUGCAUUGAAAAUUAUGAAUGCAUUGUUUAACAAAGCACCAACUUUUUAUCUACAAGCUUUUGAAAGAGAAGGAUUAAUUAAUGAUGUUAAAUCGAUUAUUCAAGAAUUUAAACCACAUAAGAAGUUAAGUACUGGACCAGUGUCUACUUUUGAUAAUUCCGUGGGUUCCUCAUUUGCCAAUAAAUUUAUUGACUCAGAAUUUUCUAAAGACUAUGAAUAUAGAACCUCACUUAUUGGUACUUAUUACAAUAUUGAAAAAGUUGGUUUGGAUAUUAAUAAAAAAUAUCAAGGUGUUAAGCUAUAUGAACAAAACGAUGUUUCAGAACAUAUGUUAAUUUUACAAAAUAUUAAAGAAGUGUUGUCGGAUCCAAAAGAAACAAAAUUUUAUUCGUAUGAUCAGUGGACUGACUUAUGGACACAGUUGAAAUAUGCAUUAAAUGGAGCAUCUGAUAAUUCACACGUGUCAAGUUUUGAAUUAAUUUCUUCUGGGUUAAUUGAAUUGCUAACUGAUCUAUUUACUUCAGAUGAUUUGGAUUAUCAUAAUGAAAGCAAUGUUUGUUAUGGUUCAUUUAUUGAUUGUUUUUUUAAUAACAAUUGUGAAGAUGCUAAAUCCUUGGUACAUAAAUUACUUGAAACAUUAACUAGAUCCGAAUCUUUUGAUAUUGUUUCAAUUGGUAACAAUAACUCAGUUGUUUCACGUACUCAAAGUCAAACGACUUUAAUGGCAAAUCAAAUCAAAUUAAAAUUAACAGCUGAAGGUGACAUGGGAGAUUUAAAUUUGCCAUCAACUAUGAAAAAUAUGUCAUUAUCAGUUCAUGCUAUAGCAACUUUUAAAUCAAUAUUAUCUUAUUUAAAACAAAGAUUCAGAUUCAUGGAAACUAUUGGAGGUAUUGGUAUAACUAAAACUGAGAAUGAUGACAAGAAAAAUGAUUUAAAUAUUGAAUUUUUAAUUAAUGGAGAAGUAAUCCCACUUGAAACUACUAUUUAUGGAGCUGUUUAUAGAUCAAUUCAAACUAAACCAGAUGAAGUUGUUGAACCAAGUAAAAUCUGGUCAACAGUACAUAAUGUUACAUUCAGAAAAGUUAGUAGUGAAGUCAAUCGUGAGAAUUCAUACAACAACUACAAUUUUAGCUUUAAUGAACAUGAAUUGGAUGUUUACGAUAAGACUACUAUAAACAUUUUGAAAUUAUUAAAAGUUUUAUUUAAAAUGAACGUGUAUGUGGGCAACAGUGGGAAGAAAAACAUACCAGUAAAAGAUUUCACCAAUUGGAAAUUAACGGUUAAAUUAAAUCGUCAAUUGGAGGAGCCUUUGGUUGUUGCAAGUGGUACAUUACCAGGAUGGAGUAUUCAUUUAACAAAACAGUUUCCAUUUAUUUUCCCAUUAGAAACUAGAAUUUUCUUUUUACAAUCAACAUCAUUUGGUUAUUCUCGUUUAAUUCAUCAAUGGCAAUUAAGAGCCAAUCAAAAUUAUGAAAAUGAUCAUAAUAAUCAUAAUAAUAAUAGUCAUAAUUCUAAUGGAUCAUAUAAUCAAAGACCUCAAUUAGGUAGACCAACAAGACAUAAAGUAAGAAUCACAAGAUCUAUGAUGUUACAAAGUGCAUUAAAAGUUUUAGGACUUUAUGGAGCAACACCAGGUAUUUUAGAAAUUGAAUAUUUUGAUGAAGUUGGUUCAGGACUAGGUCCUACUUUAGAAUUUUACUCAACUGUCUCAAAAGAAUUUUCAAAACGUAAAAUGAAGUUAUGGAGAGAUAAUCAUGUAACAACUAAUACAGAAUCAAUUGAUUUGGAAAAUGAUAAAUAUAUUGAAAAUUCAAAUGGUUUAUUCCCAUUACCAAUGGAUAAAUCACAAUUUAAUUCAGAAAAUGGUAAGAAAAUAAUUUACUUUUUUGCAUCGUUAGGAAAAUUUAUUGCAAGAGCAUUAUUAGAUUCAAGAAUCAUUGAUUUUAAUUUUAAUCCAAUUUUUCUCAAAUUAGUUCAAUUAUUAAAUCAUAAAUCACCACAUUCUCAUAUUAAUCAAAAAUUUAUCAAAAAAAUUGCAACUUUAUCGAAUUUAAAAUUAGUUGAUCCACAAUUAGCAAAAUCUUUAAAACAUUUAAAUAAAUAUUUGAGUUUAUUUAAACCCAAUAUGACUGAAGAAGAAUGUAAUUUCAUUGAAAUUGAUGGAGCAACAAUAAAAGAUUUAGGACUUUAUUUUGAAUUACCUGGAUAUCCAAAAUAUGAAUUAAUACCGAAUGGUUCAAAUAUUUUAAUUGAAGCUAAGAAUUUAGAAAGUUAUAUAAAUAAAGUAUUAGAAUCAACAUUAUACUCAGGUAUUAUUCAUCAAACAAAAGCGUUUAUGGAAGGGUUUUCAAAAGUUUUCCCAAUAAAUUCAUUAGUCAUUUUCUCCCCUAAUGAAUUAGUUCAAUUAUUUGGAAAUUGUGAAGAAGAUUGGUCUUAUGAUACUUUGUCAUCAGCCAUAAUUGCGAAUCAUGGAUAUACAAGGGAAUCUCAAACUAUAAAAGAUUUAAUCUUGAUAUUAAUUGAAUUUAAUGAAAUUGAAAAAAGAGAAUUUUUACAAUUUUUAACAGGAUCUCCAAAAUUACCAAUUGGUGGGUUUAAAGCAUUAAGACCUGAAUUAACAGUUGUUAGAAAAAGAGCAGAAGAUGAUUUAAAAGAUGAUGAUUAUUUACCAAGUGUUAUGACUUGUGCUAAUUAUUUAAAAAUUCCAAAUUAUUCAACUAAAGAAAUAAUGAAAGAAAAAUUAUUACAAGCUGUUAAAGAAGGUGCUGGUGCUUUCUUAUUAUCAUAG